CCCUCAUGCUGAGUUGUAUCACAGCUCUGCUCCCAGACACACUCGCAAAUACGACCAGAACAACAUUUUCUCCGUACUGAAAUAUAAAGAAGCGAAGGAGUAACAUUUGUAAAUGACAAGAUGUUACAAUUCAGGAGAAGCUUUGAAGCCGAAAAACAUCAAUUACAGGAGCUCAACAACAGACUGGGCCAGUACCUGUCAAGAACAAAGCAGUUGGAGCAUGACAAUGCAAUCCUCAUAACUGAAAUAAACAAGAUAAGACAAGAGAAGACGGUGGAAUGGGACAACCAAUGUAUGGCUGAAAUGCGGGACCUGAGGAGAAUGGUGGGGCAACUAUCUUUCGAAAAGUCCAGAGCCGAGAGGGAACGAGAGAAGCUUUGGCAAGAGUUUCAGAUGUUACAGUCGAUGUGUUGUGAGGAGCAUGUGGUAUGCAAAGACAUAGGUGGAGAGCUAAAAGGCUGCGAGAAGCAGCUUCAUAAAGCUCAACAGACCAAUGGGGAACUUGAAGAACGUCUGUUCCAGCUUGAGAACGAGUACAAAUUAAUUGAGGAUGCACACAGACAAGAAAUUACCAAACUCCGGAGCCAGGUCCAUUCACGACCUAUUGUUACCCAAACGUACCAUGGUCCUCCAGUGGUCUCGAUGGAAGAGAUGCAACAGUAUGCUCUCAGCCUGUCCGAAGGAUGGAUGGACACCUUAGAGAUGUAUCGUAGGAAGGUCGAGGAUAUGGAGGAAUCGAUCAAAGCAGACCAGGCAAAGCUGGAUGAUCUCCAAAGGGAAAAGAUGCAUUAUGCCUCAGAGUUUGACAAAUUACGUAAAGUGGCUGAAAAGCAAGGUCAGAUUCAAAUACACCUGGAGGAACAGCUCAUAGACAUGCAGGAGAACUUCCAUGGGGACAUCACCCAGUAUCAGGUUAGCAAAUUGGGUUUGCAUUUGAUGUUUAGACACCAUUCUGUGUCUGUCUUUUUGACAGUAUAUAUACAAAAGUUAUAACAAUGCAAACAUUUGUGUUAUUUUUGGUUCUGUUCAUGGAUCAUGAAAUGCAUGUAUUUCUACAAAGUGAUGGAUGCGGCGCACAGAUUGCCCAGCCUUUCCAUCAGAGCUGACUGCCUCCUCCUUCUCUAGGUGCCACACCCACUAUCUUAGGAGAAAGAGCUGUAUUGUUACUCCAUAGUAAAUGCAAUUGCUGCAGUCUCAAACAUCGUUUUUUAAAAUCAUAUUUUAUAUUAUGAUGCAUAAUUAUUAUGAUGAGUGAGAUGGAUCCUUUACCUCCUUAUUAUGAAUUAUACUGCUAUGAAAUUUCACUAUAUGACUGAAUUUAUUGAUCUGAUAUAUAUGAUAAUGUUCACAGUAUGCUUUCAAAGUUAUGUUUAAACGACACAAAAUAUGCAUAUAUUUAAUGGAACAGCAUAGGGCACUCUUGCUUAGGUGUGCAUGUACUUCAAUCACCAAUCACAUUGGCUCACAGGAAUUAAAAAGAGGAGCAAAUGUUACUGCAGGAACUAAGAAAUUGAUACAUGAGCCACACCUCCUUGUGAAGUAUCACUUUCCUACUUGGAGGGGCCUUGUACUACUUUGCGAUUCUAAAUGUGCACAACUACUCCAUAUAAACUAUCAACCAGCACCUGUUCCCAGACAGGCCUGUUGGGACCACAGUGAGGAGUGACAUUUGGUUGUAUCACACCGAUUUUAUCUUGAGCGGAUGGUCAGGGGGCCGGAACAUAAUUACAAAUAAUUUGUAGACUGCAAAUUGACCACAAGAAGCCCAAACAGAUGUAAUAUUUGACUAAAACAUCAUCAUUUCAAACCUUGCGUGUAUUUGUCACGUGUCUCUUUAUUAUAAAUGUAACUACUUGAGAAAAGAUGACCAAAAUUAAAAUCACUUUCCUGGUGUUUCUUUAUGUCCAACAAUGAACUUUGUUUUUUAUUCUUAUUUUUUUGCUCAGAAAACUCAGGGGGCCAAAUAAAACCACCCGCAGGCCAAAUUCCGCCUGUGGCCGCCAGUUGGGGAACCCUGCCAUAUGCGAGCAUAAGACUAGACUUAAAGGGACAGUUGUUUACCUAGCUGUUUAGUCUGAUGUGUUAGAGGGAUCACCCAUGAUUCAGCCAGUUCAUCCUGCUUCUCCUUUAAAUGAGAGGUGACUAUGGAAGGUGUCUCAAGGGCCUUGAAACAGGUGCACAACACAAACAGCACUGCCACGUUCACCCUUACACACUCAAUACAAUUGGAUCAGUUACCUACUGAGGGAUAAAUGAGGAGGGUUAGAUGGUGAACCAAAAUACCUUAUUGAAACUGACACAUAGUACAAUGAAUGAUCAUAUGGGUACUGUAGAGGGAUAAAUCUGGACAGUAAAUUGUGGCCUGAAAGAUGUGUUUAUAUUCGUAUUCGGGGUACAAUCUCUCAUCUGAAUUCCAUACAUCUGAUAUUGCAAUAUGUAAUGAGCAAUGUAGUAAAUGUAUUAAUAUGUAAUCCAUAUAGACCGACCCUAUAAUUAUAGUCUCAUAACAGUAUUUGAGAAAAAUGUAGGGCAGGAUAGAAGACAAUGUUCACAAUUACAUUCCAUUGUCUCUUUGCAGGUGAUUAUUGAUGAGUUGGAGCGGGAGCGGGAAAUGUUGGCCAACACCAUGGCAGAAAAGGUCAGAGACCACCAGCAGCUCCUGCAGAUCAAGAUGGAUCUGGGCAUGGAGGUGGCUUACUACAAGUAGGUCUUCCUAUGUACAGCUAGUCCUUUCUGAGUUAUAUAGAGACCACUAUAGAGACUUUUAGCAGAGAUUGCUGUUAUGCAACCAACAGUAGUUACCAAGACAUAGUACUAACAACCUUACUUCCCACAUGAUCCAAGCAUAAUUAAAACUGUCAUGUUACAUUAUUCUGCCUCAUGGGUUAGAGCUUGUGCAGUGCUCCUUUUUACUACAGUAUCUUUGGAAAUCAGUGGAGGUGGCUGAAAAUGCUGAUUCUCAGGAAAUGCUGAGAGAAUUGUGGUGUAGUGCUUUUGUAAAUACAGUGAGUUUAUUAUUGCAGCUUAAUAAUACCAUAGAAUUACAAAGCAGCCUUUACAGUAUAGUAAUACAUCUGUUUUGCCUGUUGAAGCUUGUUCUGUCAUGUUAGGCCCAACACAGACCCUUCAAUGCUGCAGUGUUGUUGGUCUUGAAAUGUAUUUGUAGUGAUUUCACCCUUCACUGUAACUGCAAAGCAACUGCUCUGCUGCCCUCCCAUUUGGCAGGGGCACUUAGCAUUCCUCCACACAGCCUUCACCAAUAUUAACUCCUAAUGUUAUCCACAAUGUGAUAUCUGUAGGGAUAUUUUGCUCAUUUGUAAACAGCCAAGACCUAAACAGUUUGGUCUGAGGUGAACAGGAAGUAUGUGCUAUUCAUUUCUCUGUUAGAAAUAAAGUAUUGAAGUGAUUUGUGAAAUGUCUUGUUGAGCCCUGAUAUGGCAAUGCCAGACUAAUACAAUGUCACGACAAAUCAUAUUGGUGACAUUGGAUCACUUCAAGAACACUUCAAUACUAUCAUAACAGAGGCUAUUUUAGUCCCACAACACUAGUACAAUCCAUGCACAUAGUUAUAUCAAGCAAUGACAUUUAAAAUGAAAUAUCCAUGUCAAAACUCAUUUGCUUCACCCCUGUUAUCCUGCUUUCAGAAAUGUAAUACAAACACUGGUCUCUUUUUGUUUCUUCUGGUCUGCGGCCUAUAUCAAGGAUAUUUAUUUACAUAAUAUUCACUGGUCUCCCUAGGCUCUGUAUGGAGUUCUCUUGUAAGCCUACUUAGGCCGGUACAUCUGCACUUUGUUUAAAAUAUUUGGAAUAAAUGAAAUGUCUUCCUUGGAGAGUUAGUGGGAAAGCUGGUCUGUCUCUUAGUGUGCGUGCCUGUGUACACAUUAAGAUCCACAGUAAAAAGCAGACAGCAAUGCAUUGUAGCUGUUAUUUUUAGGUUAGCCUUUCAGGAGGCACACCGGAGACUUUCACAGGGGUUAUAGCUUCAGCAAAGUCUCCUACGGUAGCUUUUGUUUUCCAGCGCUUAUUUUGUGGAGCCAUUGCUUUGCCGAGGUAGGUGAGCUGUUCAACUUUACUGGUACAGUAUGUUUGUUGUUAGAUGUAUUUCGGUCUGUUGUGGUAAAGUGUUGUUGUUGACCUCUGCUCUUUUCUGUAUAUGGCCAGACCCAUGCAUUGUGUUCAUCGUCUGGUAUCCUACCUCUGAGUUUGAUUUGAGGUUUGAGAUGGCAGGGCAGGAUGAUCAGCAUCCUCCUGUGAGGUGAUUGUAUUUGUUUGAAAACAAACCAUUGCUUCAUUUUGAAGAAGCAAUAUUGCCCUAAGAAUACAAAUCUAAUCAUUUCAUUGCCAUGUAUGUACCCUUGGUUUUAAUGCCAUUUUGUUUUUGUUUCUCUAUAGGGCACUUAUUGAAGGAGAGCAUCAGCAAUAUCUGCAGUCAAGAGAAAGAGUCAUAGGUAUUGUACAUUAUUUUCAAAUAAGUCAUACUUUCGGCUGGGACGUUUGUGUUACUAUACACUUGAGAGUAAAUUUACUUUAGGAUUUUUUUCUAUUGGUGACAUCAUUUUAGUAGCAUUCAUUAGUUUUUCUUAAUUACACAAACAACAGGUAAUUGCCAAAAUAAAGGAAACAUCAACAUAAAGUGUCUUAAUAGGACGUUGGGCCACCAUGAGCCAGAACAGUGUUAAAUUGGUUUGAUAUCUGUUGACUGAGACGGCCAUGGCAUAUGGUUUACAACGUUUUCAUGCUCAUCAAACCAUUCAGUGACCACUCGUGCCCUGUGGAUGGGGGCAUUGCCAUCUUAUGGGGGCAUAGCAAUGGUAGCCAAAAUAAUGGCCUGCCCAGCUGUUUUAAACAUGACCCUAAGCAUGAUGGGUUGUUAAUUGCUUAAUUAACUGAGGAACCACAUCUGUGUGGAAGCAUUUGGUUUCAAUAUACUUUGUAUUCCUCAUAUUUCCAUGUUUGUCAGUUACCUGUAUAUACAGUGUACAAAACAUUAUGGACACCUGCUCUUUCCAUGACAUAGACUGACCAGGUGAAUCCAGGUGAAAGCUGUGAUCCCUUAUUGAUGUCACUUAAAUCCACUUCAAUCAGUGUAGAUGAAGGGGAGAAGAUGGGUUAAAGAAAGAUUUUAAAGCCUUGAGGCAAUUUAGACAUGGAUUGUGUAUGUGUGCCAUUCAGAUGGUGAAUGGGCAAGACAAAAGAUUGAAGUGCCUUUGAAAGGGGUAUGAUAGUAGGUACCAGGCGCACUGGUUUGUGACAAGAACUGCAACGCUGCUGGGUUUUUCACGCUCAACAGUUUCCUGUGUGUAUCAAGAAUGGUCCACCACCCAAAGGACAUCCAGCCAAUUUGACACAACUGUGGAAAGCAUUGGCGUCAACAUGGGCCAGCAUCCCUGUGGAACGCUUUCGAUACUGUCCAUGCCCCGACUAAUUGACGCUGUUCUGAGGGCAAAAGGGGGGGUGCAACUUCAUAUUAAGAAGCUGUCCAUAAAGUUUUGUACACCCAGUGUAUAUGCAGUGAUAGACAUUUCCCAAUUUAUAACAGCAUUAAUUUGGUGCUUCACUCUCUACCUCAGAUAUUAAGAUGAUGCCUCCACAACACUACAAACCAAGAGUUUCCACAUCAACCAGACAGGAUGUCAGGAAACAUCUGGAUGUGAAAUACAUGGAGCCAACCUCAAGCUUGAGAAGAUCACCUGUUCCAUUUCAGUAUGGUCGCACCAGUCCUUCCAGGGUCAUCCCUAUCUCAGUCACAGGCAGCAGCUACAACAGGAAUCAGAGUCCUGCCGCCAGAAGGGACAUGGUCUCAUUCACUAAAUCCCAGUCUGCAUCCUCAAGCUCCUCCUCCACUACCGUUAAACCUGUGGCCCAGAGUACCGACAAGAAGAAUAUAGAUGCUCAGAAGAAAGUUGUGGAGGAGAGGAGUGUGAGAAUCAAAAAGGUAUCACAACACUCAGCUAAGGAUUCUCUUGACCAUUCUCGAGGCACAGCAAACAUGUCCAGUCCCAUUGCCUCACCCACUGCUGACCUAAAAUCAGUGAGAAUAGUGUCACCACCAAUGAUGAGUCUUAGCAGAAACACGGAGGAGGACAGCAAAAAGAAAGCAGAGAGGCAAGUUGAAAGAGAGGUGAGAGGAAAUGCAUUUGGUCUUCAGAAUGUCAAGAUGCAUGCUAAAGAGGGCAGCAUUACAGGAACCACGACAAGUGAUAAGAUGGUUCUAGACUCUGUGUCUAUGGAGGAACUCAUUGAGAAGGUCAUGAAACCUGCUGGUUUGGAUCGAAAGGUCUGCAGCUCAUCUCCAGACUCCAAGAUCACUUACCAUGUGGAGAAAACGGAGCAGGAGGACGGGUCAACAAAGACACAGAUUAUCCUGGAGUCCAAGGUGCAAGAGGAACUGGAUAUGUCAGAGGACUUUGCACUGGAGGAACUGCUCAGCAAGGGAGUAAAACACGUGUCACUGGAGGAUAUCAAGGGCACUGCAACAGGAAACAUGAUUCAGAACCUGCUCAGCCUUGGGCUGCAUGGAGGAGAGGACAUGGGAAACAAGUCUGUCAAUGUGGAGAUCAUCGAAGAACCAAUGGAGGGUUACAGUGACGAGGAGUACGAGUUUGAGGAGAAGUCCACACCCAAGUUCUCCAAGCCCUCUUCAAUGUUCUUUCAGAUUGAAGAACUAGAGAAUGACCCUAAUGGCACCAAAUACCAUGAGAGUGGUGCUGAAGUAAUGAAAACCUCCAUGACAGCUGCAAACUAUGGCAGUAAUGGUGGCUCUGUGAAGGUCCAGGAAGACUUCAGAGAUAGUGAAUCUCCAUACUACAGUCACGACCAAGAGUCUCAAGAGUAUUUUGUCUCCACACCUGAUGGCAAUCUGUCAGAGCCUGAGGAGGGUGGUGUUAUUGCAUCAUAUGGAAAUGGUGGACGACCUUUCAGUGGUGGACGAGUGGUGGACGACCUUUCAGAUGAAAGGUAUUACCAGGAGGGGGGACUCUCAAAGAACAGAAUGUUUGUUGGGGAAAGCGAUAGUUACAGAUCUGCAUCGGACAGCCAGUACAUGAAAGGUGACCAGUCCUUGGACCGAAAGAGUUUCCCAGAGUGCAUCAUUGAAGUGGAGACCAUCAAUGUCUCCCCCACAAUGCAGGAGUCAAUGCUUGGAUACCUGAGAGAGGAAACUCUGGACCCCAAAGAGCAGCUGAGGGGAGCCCUAGAGCAGCUCCAAGGGACAGGGAGCCUGAAUGAAGAGUUGGCUCUCCUCACAAGAGGCGGCAAUGAUAGUCCUCAGAACAUGUCUAUUGACAAAAAAAAAGUACACCAGUCCUCUGACAACAAAACCACGACUAUCGUGGCAGAGCUCAAGAACUCAACAACUCUGGAGGACUCCGGGUUGCAGGGGGAUGAUGUAUCUGAGGAGCAGAUCAUGGCGGCUCUACGCUCCUCCAACCACAACCUUGGAGCAGAGGGAGGAUACACCUUGGACACCAAGGAGAUGUGCUGGGUGACUAGCAGUGAGGGACAGGGAGGAGAGUCCACAACUGAUGUCACUGAGAAGCACAUCAAGCUGGGGCCAUCAGAGAAGUCCUUCACCUUCCAGAUGGAUGUAAAUAACGGCCAAGGACAGGAUCCCCCACUGAAGGUCACUCAUAAGAAAAGAGUUGCCACAGUCUAUCUUGAAUCUAAUGAAGAUGAGUUCUGA